UCGUGAGAGUUGAUAGUUCGGAUGAGUCUCUCACCUACAUUGACCAUUAGUACAGAUGACAGCUUAUUGACGGGACUUGGCAGAGCGAUAGGUUAGGAACUGUCUCUGUCCCUGGAGUGGUGUUACACAUUUUGAAUUAAGAUUCCGGCCUUUAUCUAUUGGAUUUCGGUGUAAAUGGCAAUGAGCUCGUUAACCAGCUCCCAAAAGGGAGAACUUAUGGAUCAAGUAAAACAGCAAAUUGCUGUUGCUAAUGCCCAAGAACUUUUGACUAAAAUGACCGAAAAAUGCUUCAAAAAAUGCGUGGGCAAGCCGGGGACCGUUCUGGACUCAUCGGAACAGAAAUGUAUCGCAAUGUGCAUGGAUCGGUUUAUGGAUUCUUGGAAUUUAGUUUCGAGGACCUACGGGCAGAGGUUGCAGCGAGAGCGUUCAAAUAUGUAGAAUAAAUCGAUUGUGAUUAAAUUGCACAGGAUAGAGUGCGGUGUUUUGUUUUGUACCAAAUAAAUAUUCCAAUACGAUUCUUA